AUGAGCCGGAUUGCAGUGAGUUACAUGCAUGGUCGUGGUUUAAUAUUUGAUGCUGAAGACUAUCUAAAACUUCGAUUUGAAUGUCGAAUCGUCGGGAAUCUAAUCGGCGUUCCCGUCUCCCAUCCAAGGAAUGUCAACCAACAAGGGAUGCCUGUAGCUUUAUCCAGAUGGGAACUAAAAUUACUUCUAGAGAAAGAAAUGAUUUGGCUGGUAGAUCAAAAUAGCGCAUUGCAACGACCACCUUCUGAUGAGGAAACACACCUUUACGCCGGAAUGGUUGAGCGACAGAAGGAAGAAUUACGCAUGCCAGCAAUUGAGAAACGACUUGAAGCAUUCCAAAAACAUUUACCAAAGAUUAUUGAAGGCAAGCGUAAGAAACUGCUCAAAGCAGGAGUUAAAGAGGAAGAUAUCAACCUGGAUGCUGAACAAUUGGUCAGCGAGGAAAGAGAAAGGAUAAUGAAAGAGCAGUUUGAUACGAUGGUACAGAUUCCAACGAAACAUUUGAUCGCGCUUGGCUUUUCAGAGUGUUCGCUAGAUUUGAGUACUGAAGAGUGCGUGAAAUAUCGCAUUUUUGCAUCGCUCUGGCGGCAAGGAGGUUGCAUAACGACUGGAGAUGCGUUUGGGUGUGAUUUUUUGCUGUAUCCGGGCGAUCCAAUGUAUUUCCACGCAUCACAUAUGGUACACGUGCUGCAGAAUGGAGUGAGCCAAAAGUUAGACGCUAAGUAUCUGAUUCGCGUUUGUCGCCUUUCAGUGGUGGUGAAUAAGCUAUGCGUUCUCGCCUAUAUCGAUGAAACUACCAACGAGGUGCAAUUUGAAACCCUAGAAUGGGAGGGUAAUGCUAGUAAUAAAGGAGACACCUUUUGA